AUGUUUCAACUUGAUGAUGUGAUUGAGGCUCAGCAGUUUGAUAGGGAAAUUCUAGCUGAUAUAUUUGAAGUGGCGCGUGAGAUGGAAAAGAUUGAGAAGAAUUCUCUUGGAAGUCAAGUCCUUAAGGGUUAUUUAAUGGCUACCCUUUUUUACGAGCCCUCUACUCGUACCCGGCUUUCUUUUGAGUCUGCCAUGAAAAGGUUAGGUGGUGAAGUUUUGACAACUGAAAAUGCCAGGGAGUUUUCGUCCGCAGCCAAGGGAGAGACACUUGAGGAUACUAUUAGAACUGUUGAAGGCUAUUCGGAUAUCAUUGUAAUGCGCCAUUUUGAAAGUGGUGCUGCUAAAAGAGCUGCAGCCACAGCUGAAAUUCCUGUUAUUAAUGCAGGAGAUGGUCCUGGACAACAUCCUACUCAGGCUCUUUUGGAUGUAUAUACUAUUGACCGAGAGAUAGGGAAACUGGAUGGCAUUAAAGUUGCACUUGUUGGAGAUCUUGCAAAUGGAAGGACAGUCCGCUCACUUGCCUAUUUGCUUUCUAAAUACCAAGACGUGAAGAUCUACUUUGUCUCUCCUGAUGUGGUAAAAAUGAAGGAUGACAUAAAAGACUAUCUGACUUCAAAAAGAGUUGCAUGGGAAGAAAGUGCUGAUCUAAUAGAAGUGGCUUCGGAGUGUGAUGUUGUAUAUCAAACUCGUAUUCAGCGAGAACGGUUUGGGGAGAGAAUUAAACUUUAUGAAGAAGCUCGGGGAAAGUAUAUUGUGGAUUGUGAUGUGUUAAAUGUGAUGCAGAAGCAUGCUGUGGUCAUGCAUCCUCUCCCUAGGCUAGAUGAGAUAACUGUUGAUGUUGAUGCGGAUCCAAGGGCUGCAUAUUUUAGGCAAGCCAAGAAUGGUCUGUAUAUCAGAAUGGCCCUCUUAAAACUUCUACUUGUUGGGUGGUGA